AUGGGCUUCAGAGAUCUAGAGGUUUUCAACAAAGCUCUGCUUGCUAAGACAGCUUGGAGGCUGAUUCAAAAUCUUGAUGAUUUGUGGUGUAGGAUUUUGAAGGGUGUUUAUUUCCCUAAGUCUGACUUUCUGAAGGCUAGGAAGGGAAGUAAAGCAUCAUGGGCUUGGACUAGUAUUUUAGAAGGAAGAGAAGUGUUAAAAGAAGAUCUGUGUUGGAAAAUAGUCAAUGGUGGGAAAGUGAGAGUAUUCAGUGAUGAUUGGCUGACAAAUGGACCUGUAUACUCUUUAAAACCAAGGGUAUUGACUGAUGAGAUGAAAAAUUUAAUGGUUAGUGAUCUUAUCAGAGAUGGUAGAUGGACACUGGAGAAUUAUGGGAAUAUUUUGGAUGAGGAAGAUAUUGGAAGAAUUAAAAGAGUCAAACUUCCAAGGUCUAAUUUGGAAGAUAUGAUGAUGUGGUUGUGA